UCUGCGGGGCCCGGGGCGGGGCCUCCCCGUGCGCGGGCGCGUGUGGCGAAUCUGCGGGAAAGGCGCGCGGGGCGGUGGCUGAGUCACAGGUGGUGGAACAUGGCUGGACAAAUAUCAGAGGCUGAUCAGAUCAAGCAGUUCAAGGAGUUCCUUGGCACAUACAAUAAACUUACAGAAAAUUGCUUUGUGGAUUGCAUAAAGGAUUUCACCAGCAGAGAUGUGAAACCAGAAGAGAUAACUUGCUCAGAAAACUGCCUGCAGAAGUACCUAAAGAUGACCCAGAGGAUCUCCAUGAGAUUCCAGGAGUACCACAUCCAGCAGAACGAGGCUCUGGCAGCCAAGGCAGGACUGCUCAGCCAACCUCGCUAAACCACAGCACUGUGCUCAGACUGAAACUGUGCCAGUGUUCCCUGGGCAAGAACACAUUGGGGGGUUCCUGCUGUCAGGAUGUGUGCCCAGCAGCUCAGAGCAGAGGGAGCCAUGAAGGGUUAAACAGGAGCUCAGUCCUGCUGGCCUGGCAGUGGAGUUCGUUUCCACAAGGAAUGAUGCAGAUACUUUUCCCAGGGCCCACAGACCGGUGUCUGAAUUUCAGGGGUGGUGGGAGGGCUCACCUGCCUUUUGCUGAGACUGGUUGAGAUGAAUCAAUAUAAUGUGGGGAGUACACUUUUUUAUUUAAUUCAAAUAAAAUCAAAGGCAGCCAUA